UUCUCCCGGUUCCCCACCACCCCUUCCCCGGUGCGCAGUUGUGCUUGGACGUUUGUUCCUCCCACUUCACGUUCUUCGCUGCGGGGAGCCAGGACCAUGGACUUAGCACCAGACAGGGCUACUGGCCGCCCGUGGCUCCCGUUGCACACUCUAUCAGUAUCUCAGCUCCUUCGAGUGUUUUGGCUACUGUCAUUGCUUCCGGGGCAGGCCUGGGUCCACGGGGCCGAGCCACGCCAGGUGUUCCAAGUGCUGGAAGAGCAACCUCCAGGCACUCUGGUAGGCACCAUCCAGACGCGCCCGGGCUUCACCUACAGGCUCAGCGAAAGCCACGCCCUGUUUGCCAUAAACAGUAGCACCGGAGCCCUGUACACCACCUCCACCAUCGACCGCGAGAGCCUGCCCAGCGACGUGAUCAACCUGGUGGUCCUUUCCAGCGCGCCCACCUACCCCACCGAAGUGCGAGUGCUGGUGCGGGACCUCAAUGACAACGCUCCCGUUUUCCCGGACCCCUCUAUCGUGGUCACUUUCAAGGAAGACAGUAGCAGCGGACGCCAAGUCAUCUUAGACACCGCCACCGACUCGGACAUCGGCUCAAACGGUGUGGACCACCGCUCCUACCGCAUCAUCCGCGGCAAUGAGGCGGGGCGCUUCCGUCUGGACAUCACCCUGAACCCGAGCGGCGAGGGAGCGUUCCUGCAUCUGGUGUCCAAGGGCGGACUGGACCGUGAGGUCACUCCACAGUACCAGCUCCUGGUUGAGGUGGAGGACAAGGGUGAGCCUAAGCGGCGGGGCUACCUUCAGGUAAACGUGACUGUGCAAGACAUUAAUGACAACCCCCCGGUUUUUGGCAGUUCUCACUACCAGGCGGGGGUGCCUGAGGACGCGGUUGUGGGCUCCAGCGUCCUCCAGGUGGCGGCGGCGGACGCGGACGAGGGCACCAACGCGGACAUCCGCUAUCGCCUGCAGGACGAGGGGACCCCCUUCCAAAUGGACCCUGAGACGGGACUUAUCACGGUGCGGGAGCCCCUGGACUUCGAAGCUCGGCGCCAAUACUCGCUUACGGUGCAGGCGAUGGACAGAGGCGUGCCUUCCCUCACUGGGCGCGCCGAGGCGCUGAUUCAGCUGCUGGACGUGAAUGACAAUGACCCGGUAGUGAAGUUCCGCUACUUCCCGGCCACCUCGCGCUACGCCUCGGUAGAUGAGAAUGCUCAAGUGGGCACCGUGGUGGCUCUGCUCACCGUGACGGACGCAGAUUCUCCCGCGGCCAACGGGAACAUCUCCGUGCAAAUUCUCGGGGGCAAUGAGCAGCGCCACUUUGAAGUGCAAAGCAGCAAAGUGCCGAACCUGAGCCUAAUCAAGGUGGCCAGCGCCUUGGACCGCGAGCGCAUCCCUUCCUACAACCUCACAGUUUCCGUCUCUGAUAACUACGGGGCGCCCCCUGGCGCAGCAGUCCAAACGCGCUCUUCUGUGGCAAGCUUGGUGAUUUUUGUUAAUGACAUCAAUGACCAUCCUCCUGUCUUUUCACAGCAAGUGUACAGAGUGAACCUGAGCGAGGAGGCGCCUCCGGGAAGCUAUGUGAGUGGGAUAUCUGCCACUGAUGGCGACUCUGGUCUCAAUGCUAAUCUGCGUUACAGCAUUGUCUCUGGCAAUGGACUGGGAUGGUUCCAUAUCAGUGAACAUAGCGGCCUCGUGACCACUGGGUCUUCUGGGGGCCUGGACCGUGAACUUGCUUCCCAGAUUGUUCUGAAUAUAAGUGCCCGGGACCAGGGAGUUCACCCCAAGGUGUCCUAUGCCCAGCUUGUAGUAACUCUCCUAGAUGUGAAUGAUGAAAAGCCAGUAUUUAGCCAGCCAGAAGGUUAUGAUGUGUCUGUGGUUGAGAAUGCCCCAACAGGGACAGAACUGUUGAUGCUCAGGGCAACUGACGGGGACCUGGGUGACAACGGAACAGUGCGCUUCUCCUUACAAGAGGCAGAGACUGACCGGAGGUCCUUCCGUCUGGAUCCUGUGUCUGGGAGGUUGAGUACUAUUUCCUCCUUGGACAGAGAAGAGCAAGCCUUCUACUCCCUGUUGGUUCUGGCCACAGAUCUGGGCUCCCCUCCCCAGUCAUCAAUGGCUCGCAUAAAUGUGAGUCUUCUGGAUAUAAAUGAUAACAGCCCUGUCUUCUACCCGGUCCAAUACUUUGCUCACAUUAAGGAGAAUGAGCCUGGAGGUAGCUACAUAACCACUGUGUCUGCCACUGACCCGGACUUGGGUACCAAUGGUACUGUCAAAUAUAGCAUAUCUGCUGGGGACAGGUCUCGGUUUCAGGUCAAUGCUCAGAGUGGGGUUAUUUCUACAAGAAUGGCCCUAGACAGAGAAGAAAAAACAGCUUAUCAGUUGCAAAUAGUAGCUACUGAUGGUGGCAAUUUACAAUCUCCCAACCAGGCAAUAGUAACCAUCACUGUAUUGGACACUCAAGACAACCCACCUGUAUUCAGUCAGGUUGCCUACAGCUUUGUGGUUUUUGAGAACGUGGCGCUGGGAUAUCAUGUGGGUAGUGUGUCUGCAUCCACCAUGGAUCUCAAUUCCAACAUCAGUUAUCUCAUUACUACUGGGGAUCAAAAAGGUAUGUUUGCUAUCAACCAGGUCACUGGGCAGCUUACCACAGCAAAUGUGAUUGAUAGAGAAGAGCAAUCCUUUUAUCAGCUGAAGGUAGUGGCCAGUGGGGGCACAGUGACUGGAGACACUAUGGUUAACAUAACAGUUAAGGAUUUGAAUGACAACUCUCCCCAUUUCCUUCAGGCAAUAGAGAGUGUAAAUGUGGUGGAGAAUUGGCAGGCAGGUCACAGCAUUUUCCAGGCCAAAGCUGUGGACCCUGAUGAAGGUGUCAAUGGCAUGGUACUCUAUAGUCUGAAGCAAAACCCCAAGAACCUGUUUACUAUCAAUGAAAAGAAUGGUACUAUUAGUCUGCUUGGGCCCCUGGAUGUUCAUGCUGGCUCCUACCAAAUAGAGAUCUUGGCAUCUGACAUGGGUGUCCCACAGCUCUCCUCUAGUGUCAUCCUAACAGUUUAUGUCCAUGAUGUAAAUGACAAUUCACCAGUGUUUGACCAACUCUCUUAUGAAGUCACUCUUUCUGAGUCAGAACCUGUGAAUUCUCGAUUCUUUAAAGUACAAGCUUCUGAUAAGGAUUCAGGAGCAAAUGGUGAAAUUGCAUACACCAUUGCUGAAGGAAAUACAGGGGAUGCUUUUGGCAUAUUCCCAGAUGGUCAAUUGUAUAUAAAAAGUGAACUUGACCGUGAACUUCAAGACAGAUAUGUUUUAAUGGUUGUUGCUUCUGACAGAGCAGUGGAACCCCUUAGUGCUACUGUGAAUGUUACUGUAAUUUUAGAAGAUGUAAAUGAUAACAGACCUCUUUUUAACAGUACCAAUUACACAUUUUACUUCGAAGAAGAGCAGAGGGCUGGGUCGUUUGUGGGCAAAGUAAGUGCUGUAGAUAAAGACUUUGGGCCAAAUGGAGAAGUAAGGUAUUCUUUUGAAAUGGUGCAGCCAGAUUUUGAGUUGCAUGCCAUCAGUGGGGAAAUUACAAAUACUCAUCAGUUUGACAGGGAGUCUCUUAUGAGGCAGAGAGGGACUGCUGUGUUUAGCUUUACAGUCGUAGCAACAGAUCAGGGGCUCCCUCAGCCUCUCAAGGAUCAGGCCACUGUACAUGUUUACAUGAAGGAUAUAAAUGAUAAUGCUCCCAAAUUUUUAAAAGACUUUUACCAAGCUACAAUAUCAGAGUCAGCAGCCAAUCUGACACAAGUGUUAAGAGUAUCUGCCUCAGAUGUUGAUGAAGGUAAUAAUGGACUUAUUCACUAUUCUAUAAUAAAAGGAAAUGAAGAAAGACAGUUUGCUAUAGACAGUACCUCUGGUCAGGUAGCACUAAUUGGCAAAUUAGACUAUGAAGCAACACCUGCCUAUUCCCUUGUAAUUCAAGCAGUGGAUUCAGGGACAAUCCCCCUCAAUUCAACGUGUACUUUAAAUAUUGAUAUUUUAGAUGAAAAUGACAAUACCCCUUCUUUCCCUAAAUCAACACUCUUUGUUGAUGUUUUGGAAAACAUGAGAAUUGGUGAACUCGUGUCCUCUGUUACUGCAACUGAUUCCGAUUCAGGUGACAAUGCUGAUUUAUAUUACAGUAUUACUGGGACUAACAACCACGGAACUUUUAGCAUUAGCCCAAACACUGGGAGUAUUUUUCUUGCCAAAAAAUUGGACUUUGAAACACAGUCUUUGUAUAAAUUAAAUAUAACAGCAAAAGACCAAGGAAGACCUCCUCGUUCAUCUACAAUGUCAGUGGUUAUUCACGUGAGGGACUUUAAUGACAAUCCUCCUAGCUUUCCUCCUGGAGAUAUUUUCAAGUCUAUUGUUGAGAACAUUCCCAUUGGUACAUCUGUCAUUUCAGUGACUGCACAUGACCCUGAUGCAGACAUUAAUGGGCAACUAUCCUACACAAUCAUUCAACAGAUGCCAAGAGGCAACCACUUUACCAUAGAUGAAGUCAAAGGGACUAUAUAUACUAAUGCUGAAAUAGAUCGGGAAUUUGCUAAUCUCUUUGAGUUGACUGUAAAAGCCAAUGAUCAAGCUGUGCCAAUAGAAACUAGACGGUAUGCUUUGAAGAACGUGACCAUUUUGGUUACAGACCUCAAUGACAAUGUCCCAAUGUUUAUAUCACAAAACGCCCUUGCUGCAGACCCAUCAGCUGUGAUUGGUUCCGUUCUGACAACAAUUAUGGCUGCUGACCCAGAUGAAGGUGCUAAUGGAGAAAUAGAGUAUGAGAUCAUCAAUGGGGACACAGACACCUUCAUUGUUGAUCGUUAUAGUGGAGACCUGAGAGUGGCUUCAGCGUUGGUGCCUUCGCAGUUGAUCUACAACCUCAUAGUUUCAGCAACAGACCUUGGGCCUGAAAGGAGGAAAUCGACCACUGAAUUGACCAUCAUUCUUCAGGGCCUUGAUGGACCUGUUUUUACUCAACCCAAAUAUAUAACUAUUUUGAAGGAAGGAGAACCCAUUGGCACAAACGUGAUAUCAAUAGAAGCAGCUAGCCCCAGAGGAUCUGAGGCCCCAGUGGAGUAUUAUAUUGUUUCAGUUCGUUGUGAAGAAAAAACUGUUGGACGCCUCUUUACUAUUGGACGACAUACUGGUAUAAUUCAGACCGCAGCCAUUCUGGACCGGGAGCAAGGAGCAUGUCUUUACCUGGUGGAUGUUUAUGCCAUAGAAAAAUCAACUGCUUUUCCCAGAACACAGAGAGCAGAGGUAGAAAUAACACUUCAGGAUAUCAAUGACAAUCCACCAGUAUUUCCAACGGACAUGCUGGAUCUCACUGUAGAGGAGAACAUUGGAGAUGGCUCUAAGAUUAUGCAGCUGACAGCCAUGGAUGCUGAUGAGGGUGCAAAUGCUCUCGUCACAUACACUAUCAUUAGUGGAGCUGAUGAUAGUUUUCGCAUUGACCCAGAAUCCGGAGAUCUGAUAGCAACCAGGCGGUUGGACAGGGAACGCCGCUCCAAAUAUUCACUGCUAGUUCGUGCUGAUGAUGGUCUUCAGUCCUCGGAUAUGAGAAUUAAUAUCACUGUCAGUGAUGUGAAUGACCAUACACCCAAAUUUUCCAGACCUGUAUACUCUUUUGACAUUCCUGAGGACACAAUCCCUGGUUCUUUGGUAGCAGCCAUUUUAGCCACGGAUGAUGACUCUGGUGUGAAUGGAGAAAUUACAUAUAUUGUGAAUGAAGAUGAUGAAGAUGGCAUCUUUUUCCUGAAUCCCAUUACUGGGGUCUUUAAUUUGACUCGAUUAUUAGAUUAUGAAGUACAGCAAUAUUAUAUCCUCACUGUUCGAGCAGAAGACGGUGGGGGACAAUUUACUACCAUCAGAGUUUAUUUCAAUAUUCUAGAUGUAAAUGAUAAUCCACCUAUUUUCAGCUUGAAUUCAUAUAGCACAUCUUUAAUGGAGAAUCUACCUGUGGGAUCUACUGUUCUUGUGUUUAAUGUUACUGAUGCAGAUGAUGGCAUCAACUCUCAAUUGACUUAUAGCAUUGCUUCAGGUGAUAGCCUUGGGCAGUUUACUGUUGACAAGAAUGGUGUACUCAAAGUCCUAAAAGCUUUGGAUCGGGAAAGUCAGUCCUUCUACAACUUGGUUGUUCAAGUGCAUGACCUGCCACAGAUUCCAGCCUCCAGAUUCACAAGCACUGCUCAAGUCUCCAUUAUUUUGUUGGAUGUAAAUGAUAACCCACCGACAUUUCUUUCCCCUAAAUUGACAUACAUUCCAGAAAAUACACCUAUUGAUACUGUUGUUUUCAAAGCUCAAGCAACUGACCCAGAUAGUGGCCCAAACAGCUAUAUUGAGUACACUCUGCUGAACCCUUUGGGAAACAAGUUCAGUAUUGGGACCAUUGAUGGUGAAGUGAGGCUCACUGGAGAACUGGACAGAGAAGAAGUUUCUAAUUAUACUCUAACAGUGGUGGCUACAGACAAAGGUCAACCGUCUCUCUCUUCAUCUACAGAGGUUGUAGUUGUGGUACUUGACAUCAAUGAUAACAACCCCAUCUUUGCACAAGCUUUGUAUAAAGUGGAGAUUAAUGAAAACACACUUACUGGAACAGAUAUAAUACAAGUGUUCGCAGCAGAUGGAGAUGAAGGCACAAAUGGACAGGUUCGCUAUGGCAUUGUUAAUGGUAAUACCAAUCAGGAAUUUCGGAUAGACUCUGUCACAGGUGCCAUCACUGUUGCUAAACCUUUGGAUAGAGAAAAGACCCCUACCUACCAUUUAACUGUUCAGGCAACAGAUCGAGGCAGCACACCCAGAACUGAUACCUCCACGGUCAGCAUUGUUCUACUGGAUAUUAAUGACUUUGUUCCUGUAUUUGAGCUAUCUCCGUAUUCUGUAAAUGUCCCUGAGAAUUUAGGGACACUACCCAGAACAAUUCUUCAGGUGGUGGCAAGAGAUGAUGAUCAAGGAUCUAACAGCAAACUCUCAUAUGUUCUGUUUGGUGGUAAUGAAGACAAUGCUUUUACUCUCUCAGCCAGUGGAGAACUUGGAGUAACACAGAGUCUGGAUCGGGAAACAAAAGAGCGCUUUGUCUUAAUGAUUACAGCUACAGAUUCAGGAUCCCCUGCCUUGACUGGAACUGGAACAAUCAACGUCAUAGUAGAUGAUGUCAAUGACAAUGUCCCCACAUUUGCCAGUAAAGCGUAUUUCACAACAAUUCCUGAGGAUGCACCAACUGGAACAGAUGUUUUAUUGGUAAAUGCCUCAGAUGCUGAUGCUUCAACGAAUGCAGUUAUAAGUUAUAGGAUCAUCGGUGGAAACUCUCAGUUCACGAUCAACCCAUCGACAGGACAAAUCAUCACCAGCGCAUUGUUAGAUAGGGAAACAAAAGAUAAUUAUACUUUGGUAGUGGUCUGCAGUGAUGCGGGAUCCCCAGAGCCUCUUUCCAGUUCCACUAGUGUGCUUGUCACUGUGACUGAUGUCAAUGACAAUCCGCCAAGAUUUCAGCAUCACCCAUAUGUCACUCACAUCCCAUCUCCUACUCUUCCAGGUUCCUUUGUCUUUGCGGUUACAGUCACAGAUGCUGAUAUUGGACCAAAUUCUGAACUGCAUUAUUCUCUUUCGGGUAGAAAUUCUGAAAAAUUUCACAUUGACCCAUUGAGGGGAGCCAUUAUGGCCGCCGGACCACUAAACGGAGCUUCAGAAGUGACAUUUUCUGUGCAUGUAAAAGAUGGUGGCUCAUUUCCAAAGACAGAUUCUACAACAGUGACUGUUAGAUUCGUGAAUAAGGCCGAUUUCCCUAAAGUCAGAGCCAAAGAACAAACGUUCAUGUUUCCUGAAAACCAACCAGUCAGCUCGCUUGUCACCACCAUCACAGGAUCCUCUUUAAGAGGAGAACCUAUGUCAUAUUAUAUCGCAAGUGGGAAUCUUGGCAAUACUUUCCAGAUUGAUCAGUUAACAGGGCAGGUGUCUAUUAGUCAACCUCUGGAUUUUGAAAAGAUACAAAAAUAUGUUGUAUGGAUAGAGGCCAGAGAUGGUGGUUUCCCUCCUUUCUCCUCUUACGAGAAACUUGAUAUAACAGUAUUAGAUGUCAAUGAUAAUGCCCCAAUUUUUAAGGAAGACCCAUUUAUAUCUGAAAUAUUGGAAAACCUUUCCCCUCGAAAAAUACUUACUGUUUCGGCAAUGGACAAGGACAGUGGACCCAAUGGACAGUUAGAUUAUGAAAUUGUUAAUGGCAACAUGGAAAAUAGUUUCAGUAUCAAUCAUGCUACUGGUGAAAUUAGAAGCGUUAGACCUUUGGACAGGGAAAAAGUAUCUCAUUAUGUCCUAACCAUAAAAUCAUCAGACAAAGGGUCCCCGUCUCAGAGUACUUCAGUAAAAGUCAUGAUUAACAUUUUAGAUGAAAAUGAUAAUGCCCCUAGGUUUUCUCAGAUAUUUAGUGCCCAUGUUCCUGAAAAUUCCUCCUUAGGAUACACAGUUACCCGUGUCACAACUUCUGAUGAAGACGUUGGGAUUAAUGCAAUUAGUAGAUAUUCUAUAAUGGAUGCAAGUCUUCCAUUUACAAUUAAUCCCAGCACAGGGGAUAUUGUCAUAAGCAGACCUUUAAAUAGGGAAGAUACAGACCGUUACAGAAUUCGAGUUUCUGCACAUGAUUCUGGGUGGACUGUAAGUACAGAUGUCACAAUAUUUGUGACAGACAUCAAUGACAAUGCUCCAAGAUUUAGCAGAACUUCCUAUUAUUUAGAUUGCCCUGAACUUACUGAGAUUGGCUCCAAAGUAGCUCAGGUAUUUGCAACAGAUCCUGAUGAGGGAUCAAAUGGACAAGUGUUUUAUUUCAUAAAAUCUCAAUCAGAAUAUUUCAGGAUUAAUGCCACCACCGGAGAGAUUUUCAAUAAACAGAUCUUAAAAUACCAAAAUGUCACUGGCUUCAGUAAUGUGAAUAUCAACAGGCAUAGUUUUAUAGUGACAUCUUCAGAUCGAGGUAAACCUUCCUUAAUUAGUGAGACAACAGUUACCAUCAAUAUAGUGGACAGUAAUGACAAUGCACCUCAAUUUCUUAAAAGUAAAUAUUUCACUCCAGUCACCAAAAAUGUUAAGGUUGGUACGAAGUUAAUCAGAGUUACAGCAAUAGAUGACAAAGAUUUUGGACUGAAUUCAGAAGUGGAGUAUUUCAUUUCUAAUGAUAACCAUUUAGGAAAAUUUAAGUUGGACAAUGAUACGGGGUGGAUUUCAGUAGCAUCCUCCCUGAUUUCUGACUUGAACCAAAACUAUUUUAUCACAGUCACUGCAAAGGAUAAGGGAAACCCUCCACUUUCUUCCCAAGCAACUGUUCACAUAACUGUCACUGAGGAAAACUACCAUACACCUGAAUUCUCUCAAAGCCACAUGAGUGCAACCAUCCCUGAGAGCCAUAGCGUUGGGUCCAUUGUCAGAACUGUUUCUGCAAGAGAUAGAGAUGCAGCGAUGAAUGGCUUGAUUAAGUACAGCAUUUCUUCAGGAAAUGAAGAAGGCAUUUUUGCAAUCAAUUCUUCUACAGGUAUAUUAACACUAGCCAAAGCUCUUGAUUAUGAGCUUUGCCAGAAACACGAAAUGACGAUUAGUGCUAUAGAUGGAGGAUGGGUUGCAAGAACUGGUUACUGCAGUGUGACCGUAAAUGUGAUUGAUGUGAAUGAUAAUUCUCCAGUAUUCCUCUCUGAUGACUAUUUCCCUACUGUUUUGGAAAAUGCCCCAAGUGGAACAACAGUUAUCCACCUAAAUGCAACAGAUGCUGACUCUGGAACAAAUGCUGUGAUUGCGUAUACUGUACAGUCAUCUGACAGUGACCUCUUUGUCAUUGACCCUAACACAGGAGUCAUAACCACUCAAGGCUUCUUGGAUUUUGAAACCAAGCAGAGCUACCAUCUUACUGUGAAAGCCUUCAAUGUCCCUGAUGAGGAAAGGUGUAGCUUUGCCACUGUUAAUGUACAAUUAAAAGGGACAAAUGAAUAUGUGCCCCGUUUUGUUUCCAAACUUUACUAUUUUGAAAUCUCAGAAGCAGCUCCUAAAGGUACUAUUGUUGGAGAAGUGUUUGCUAGCGACCGUGAUUUGGGCACUGAUGGGGAGGUACACUAUUUGAUUUUUGGUAAUAGUCGAAAGAAGGGUUUCCAGAUCAAUAAGAAGACUGGACAGAUUUAUGUUUCUGGAAUUCUUGAUCGAGAAAAAGAAGAAAGGGUGUCUUUGAAGGUAUUGGCCAAGAACUUUGGCAGCAUUAGAGGUGCAGAUAUAGAUGAGGUCACUGUAAAUGUCACUGUGCUUGAUGCAAAUGACCCACCUGUUUUUACUCUAAACGUCUACAGUGUGCAGAUCAGUGAAGGGGUCCCAAUAGGAACUCAUGUGACCUUUGUCAGUGCCUUUGACUCAGACUCCAUCCCCAGCUGGAGCAGGUUUUCUUACUUCAUCGGAUCAGGGAAUGAAAAUGGUGCCUUUUCUAUUAAUCCACAGACAGGACAGAUCACCGUUACUGCAGAAUUAGAUCGAGAAACCCUUCCCAUCUAUAAUCUCUCAGUUUUGGCUGUUGAUUCAGGGACCCCCUCAGCUACAGGUAGUGCCUCUUUAUUAGUCACCCUGGAAGAUAUAAAUGAUAACGGGCCCAUGCUGACUGUCAGUGAAGGAGAAGUCAUGGAAAACAAACGGCCAGGCACUUUGGUGAUGACCCUUCAGUCCACUGACCCUGAUCUCCCUCCAAAUCAAGGUCCCUUUACUUAUUACUUGCUGAGCACAGGUCCUGCCACCAGUUAUUUCAGUCUGAGCACUGCUGGAGUUCUGAGCACAACCAGAGAGAUUGACAGAGAGCAGAUUGCAGACUUCUAUCUGUCUGUGGUUACCAAGGAUUCUGGUGUUCCUCAAAUGUCUUCCACAGGAACUGUGCAUAUCACAGUUAUAGACCAAAAUGACAAUCCUUCACAGUCUCGGACGGUGGAGAUAUUUGUUAAUUAUUAUGGCAACUUGUUUCCCGGUGGGAUUUUAGGCUCUGUGAAGCCACAGGAUCCAGAUGUGUUAGACAGCUUCCACUGCUCCCUUACUUCAGGAGUUACCAGCCUCUUCAGUAUUCCAGGGGGUACUUGUGAUCUGAAUUCCCAGCCAAGGUCCACAGAUGGCACGUUUGAUCUGACUGUCCUUAGCAAUGAUGGAGUUCACAGCACAGUCACGAGCAACAUCCGAGUUUUCUUUGCUGGAUUUUCCAAUGCCACAGUGGAUAACAGCAUCUUACUUCGUCUCGGCGUAUCAACAGUAAAGGACUUCUUGACCAACCACUACCUUCAUUUUUUACGCAUUGCCAGCUCACAGCUGACAGGCUUAGGGACUGCUGUGCAACUGUACAGUGCAUAUGAAGAGAACAAUAGAACGUUUCUUUUGGCAGCUGUAAAGCGAAAUCAUAAUCAGUAUGUGAAUCCCAGUGGCGUAGCCACCUUCUUUGAAAGCAUCAAAGAGAUCCUUCUCCGGCAGAGUGGAGUAAAGGUGGAAUCUGUGGAUCAUGACUCCUGUGUGCAUGGCCCAUGUCAGAAUGGAGGGAGCUGUCUACGAAGACUGGCUGUGAGCUCCGUAUUAAAAAGCCGUGAGAGUCUUCCAGUCAUCAUCGUAGCAAAUGAACCUCUGCAGCCUUUCUUAUGCAAGUGUCUGCCAGGAUAUGCGGGUAGCUGGUGUGAAAUAGAUAUAGAUGAAUGUCUUCCAUCACCUUGCCACAAUGGUGGAACCUGUCACAAUUUAGUGGGAGGAUUUUCAUGCAGCUGCCCAGAUGGCUUCACUGGUAGGGCGUGUGAGAGAGAUAUCAAUGAGUGCCUGCAGAGUCCUUGCAAGAAUGGUGCCGUCUGCCAGAAUUUUCCAGGAAGCUUCAACUGUGUUUGCAAAACUGGAUACACAGGGAAAAUGUGUGAAUCUUCAGUCAAUUACUGUGAAUGCAACCCCUGCUUUAAUGGUGGUUCCUGCCACAGUGGUGUGGAUUCUUAUUAUUGUCAUUGUCCAUUUGGUGUCUUUGGAAAACACUGCGAGUUGAACAGUUAUGGAUUUGAGGAGUUAUCAUACAUGGAAUUUCCAAGCUUGGACCCCAAUAACAACUAUAUUUAUGUCAAAUUUGCCACGAUUAAAAGUCAUGCCUUAUUGCUUUACAACUAUGACAACCAGACAGGCGACCGGGCUGAGUUUUUGGCCCUUGAAAUUGCCGAAGAAAGACUAAGAUUCUCUUAUAAUUUAGGCAGUGGUACAUAUAAGCUCACCACCAUGAAGAAGGUGUCAGACGGACAUUUUCACACUGUGAUUGCCAGGAGAGCAGGAAUGGCAGCCUCCUUAACUGUGGACUCCUGUUCUGAGAACCAAGAGCCAGGAUAUUGUACUGUCAGUAAUGUGGCAGUUUCAGAUGACUGGACUCUUGAUGUUCAGCCAAAUAGAGUUACAGUUGGAGGUAUCAGAUCUCUAGAACCAGUCCUUCAGAGAAGAGGACACGUGGAAAGCCAUGAUUUUGUUGGGUGUAUAAUGGAGUUUGCAGUCAAUGGAAGGCCUCUGGAACCCAGCCAAGCUUUGGCAGCACAAGGCAUCCUAGAUCAAUGCCCUAGGCUGGAAGGCGCUUGUACUCGCAGCCCAUGCCAACAUGGUGGCACAUGUAUGGAUUACUGGUCAUGGCAGCAGUGUCAUUGCAAAGAGGGACUCACUGGGAAAUACUGUGAAAAAUCUGUUACUCCUGACACUGCCUUAUCAUUAGAAGGCAAAGGGCGCUUGGACUACCACAUGAGUCAGAAUGAGAAGCGGGAAUAUUUGUUAAGGCAAAGCUUACGAGGUGCCAUGUUGGAGCCUUUUGGUGUGAACAGUCUGGAAGUAAAAUUUAGGACCAGAAGCGAGAAUGGCGUUUUAAUCCAUAUCCAAGAAAGCAGCAAUUACACUACUGUGAAGAUUAAGAAUGGCAAAGUACAUUUUACAUCCGAUGCAGGAAUCGCUGGGAAAGUGGAGAGAAAUAUUCCUGAAGUAUAUGUUGCAGACGGCCACUGGCACACUUUUCUAAUUGGGAAAAAUGGAACAGCAACAGUAUUGUCUGUUGACAGAAUAUAUAACAGAGAUAUUAUCCACCCUACUCAGGACUUCGGUGGCCUUGAUGUGCUUACUAUAUCACUUGGAGGAAUUCCACCCAAUCAAGCACAUCGAGAUGCCCAAACAGCAGGUUUUGAUGGCUGCAUUGCUUCUAUGUGGUAUGGUGGAGAAAGUCUUCCUUUCAGCGGGAAGCAUAGCUUGGCCUCCAUCUCAAAAACAGAUCCCUCAGUGAAGAUUGGCUGCCGUGGCCCGAACAUUUGUGCCAGCAACCCCUGCUGGGGUGAUUUGCUGUGCAUUAAUCAGUGGUAUGCCUACAGGUGUGUCCCUCCUGGGGACUGUGCCUCCCACCCGUGCCAGAAUGGUGGCAGCUGUGAGCCAGGCCUGCACUCCGGCUUCACCUGUAGCUGCCCAGACUCGCACACGGGAAGGACCUGUGAGAUGGUGGUGGCCUGUCUUGGCGUCCUCUGUCCUCAGGGGAAGGUGUGCAAAGCUGGAAGUCCUGCGGGGCAUGUCUGUGUUCUGAGUCAGGGCCCUGAAGAGAUCUCUCUGCCUUUGUGGGCUGUGCCUGCCAUCGUGGGCAGCUGCGCAACCGUCUUGGCCCUCCUGGUCCUUAGCCUGAUCCUGUGUAACCAGUGCAGGGGGAAGAAGGCCAAAAAUCCCAAAGAGGAGAAGAAACCGAAGGAGAAGAAGAAAAAGGGAAGUGAGAACGUUGCUUUUGAUGACCCUGACAAUAUCCCUCCCUAUGGGGAUGACAUGACUGUGAGGAAGCAGCCUGAAGGGAACCCAAAACCAGAUAUCAUUGAAAGGGAAAACCCCUACCUUAUCUAUGAUGAAACUGAUAUUCCUCACAACUCAGAAACCAUCCCCAGCGCCCCUUUGGCAUCUCCAGAGCAGGAGAUAGAGCACUAUGACAUUGACAACGCCAGCAGCAUUGCCCCUUCGGAUGCAGACAUCAUUCAACACUACAAGCAGUUCCGCAGCCACACACCAAAAUUUUCAAUCCAGAGGCACAGUCCCCUAGGCUUUGCAAGGCAAUCCCCCAUGCCCUUAGGAGCAAGCAGUUUGACUUACCAGCCUUCAUAUGGUCAAGGUUUGAGAACCAGCUCCCUAAGCCACUCAGCGUGCCCAACUCCCAACCCUCUGUCUCGACACAGUCCAGCCCCUUUCUCCAAAUCUUCUACGUUCUAUAGAAACAGCCCAGCAAGGGAAUUGCAUCUUCCUAUAAGGGAUGGUAAUACUUUGGAAAUGCAUGGUGACACCUGCCAACCUGGCAUUUUCAACUAUGCCACAAGGCUGGGAAGGAGAAGCAAGAGUCCUCAGGCCAUGGCAUCACAUGGUUCUAGACCAGGGAGUCGCCUAAAGCAGCCGAUUGGGCAGAUUCCACUGGAAUCUUCUCCUCCAGUCGGACUUUCUAUUGAGGAAGUGGAGAGGCUCAACACACCUCGCCCUAGAAACCCAAGUAUCUGCAGUGCAGACCAUGGGAGGUCUUCUUCAGAGGAGGACUGCAGAAGGCCACUGUCUAGAACAAGGAAUCCAGCGGAUGGCAUUCCAGCUCCAGAAUCCUCUUCUGAUAGUGACUCCCAUGAAUCUUUCACUUGCUCAGAAAUGGAAUAUGACAGGGAGAAGCCAAUGGUAUAUACUUCCAGGAUGCCCAAAUUAUCUCAAGUCAAUGAAUCUGAUGCAGAUGAUGAAGAUAAUUAUGGAGCCAGACUGAAGCCUCGAAGGUACCACGGUCGCAGGGCCGAGGGAGGACCUGUGGGCACCCAGGCAGCAGCACCAGGCACUGCUGACAACACACUGCCCAUGAAGCUAGGGCAGCAAGCAGGGACUUUCAACUGGGACAACCUUUUGAACUGGGGCCCUGGCUUUGGCCAUUACGUAGAUGUUUUUAAAGAUUUGGCAUCUCUUCCAGAAAAAGCAGCAGCAAAUGAAGAAGGCAAAGCUGGGACAACUAAGCCAGUCCCCAAAGAUGGGGAAGCAGAACAGUAUGUGUGAAGUUUAUGUACUGGCACUGUAAAAAUAUAAAAACAAGAAAUAAUACUCAAACCAUUGUAAAGUUGCUGACUAGGUUGGGUCACAUUUGAAAAACAGGCCAGUAUGGACUAGUGGUGGAGGGAAAACUUUAAAAAUAAUAACCACAGUGCUGCUGAAACAGACUCACAACAACUCUUAAUUUAAACAUGUGUGGUUGAAUUUAUUUCCCUGCAUGCAUUGUGUUUUGUAACUAGUUAUGUGGCAUGCAGCAUUUGGAAAAUUUUUCUUAUUUACCAGUGUUUGAUUUGUGAUUUUUAAAAAUUGAUACCUUUACCAUUGCAGAAAAGAACUUGUGCUUUCCCAGUGGCGUAUGUGUAUUGUUUCAACUGUAUUAUUAUAAUUAUAUUUUGCAUUGCAAGAUUCUUGAUGUUAAACCAAUCCUUGUAAAGUGUAAAAAGGAACCCUCCUAUCGUGAAAUGAAAGAUUAAGUAUAUUAACACUUUUCAGAAUGAUAGUUUCUGUAUUUGAUGUUGCUCAGAAAUGUCUGAGUAUUUGAGUAAGUUUUACAUGACAGUGGGUACUGAAAUUAAGUCAUUUUGUUCAGCACUUUAAUGCUUUCUUAUAGAAUUGUCUUAAAACUUCUGGAUCCUUGAGCAAAUGAUUAUAGUCUCCUGACUUUCAUGAGGCUUCCAUUAGGAACAGAAUGAUUGCAUGUUGUCCCCAGAACACUGCCACCUUGCUAUGCGAAUGAUGUUCUCAGCAGCACUUCUAAAAAACACUCUUAAAAGUUAUUUAUUGAAAAUUUUUCCUAUGCUUUUAAUAUUUUAAAGAAUUGACCUAAGGAAAGCUUAUGAUUGGAUUUAUUUUCCAACCAGAUAACAUUUACUCUGAGUACCCAGUUUUUAUAAUUUAUAUGAAAUCAGAUUUCAACACUUUGUCAUUUUGUAGAUCAUUUUUUUAAAUACGGUGUAAAAACUUUUUUUACACCUAAGCUGUGUUUUUGAUACUGAUAUUUUCCUAUGCUGAAUAGUUUUCUUACUUUCAGGGAAGGUAAGAAAAUACUUUUUUUAUAUUUGUUACUUAUGUAACAUUCAUAUUUUUCACAUUUUGAUAUUUGUAACAUACUGUAUGCUUUCUACUUGUAAAUGUCAACAAUAGAAUUAAAAUAUUUAUUUAAAAUAUUUUGUAUUCAUAGUGUAAUAUUAAUUUUUAUCUUUCUAUAGUCUUUGUAUGCCCGAUUGAGAAUAGUCUCUACUUGUCAAUAGGGUAUGGCUACUUGAACUGUAUUUGAGCAGCAUCAUUUUCUUUUAAAAAAAUGUGAAUAUGGAUCAUUGCCAGAAGAGAUAUUUUAAAGUCACUUCAGUGCAUUCCUACCUGUCAGAGUUCUUGGCCUUCCCUGGAGUAUAAUGAGUCUAGACUAGGUUGAUCUUAGGGGACUAACUUUGUUAGGAAGCUGGUUUAAGCAUUCUGGCAAGAAAUGUUUGGAAAUUCCCAGUAGAAUGUGUUCACUGAAGACCAGCUUUAGAUCAGUCUUACAGCUAUAGAAGCAGCAAUGAAUUAGAGCUAAUUACGGAAAAAUGUCUGGGACUAAUCUUCUCCAAGGACCCAGCCCAAAAUUCUCUAAGUCCAAGGGUGGGUAGAAAGAAUGAUAGUGAAAGCUCCACUCUACAUAUGUAUCUUUAAUUUAUUGAUUACUCUGCUGCAUAAUUCUAAAGAAACUAUACAUGCUGUCUUAGCCAAGACAAACCUCUGUUUUCAGGAGUCAUAGUUACGUCUUAAAUAACAGGACUUUAAAAAAUUACGUCACUAUCUCAGCACAUUUGUAAUUAAAUAUCUGCCCCAAACCUAAUAUUCAUUGAGAAUACUCUCCUUUAAUACUGACUCUACCAUAUUGAAUAGGAAUUUUAACGAUGCGUAAAUUAACACCCACAGAUUGAGGCAUAUGCCAGAAUUAUUUUGUCAUUUAAUAAUGUUGACAUUAUUAUUUUUUUGUUUCAGAUUAGGAAAUGUAAUGUGUAUUUAAUCUAAAUCAUGAUAUUCCUUUAGGUUUAAACACUGAAUGUAAGAUAAUGAUCUGAUUUUCUCUUUUUUUGUCACCUGCAAUGAGCCAACAUGUUUUAAUAUUUCUCUAUGAAUUUUAUAAAUUUCUUCUCCAAAUAUGGAAACAUGUUCAUUGCUUUGUGUAACUCAAAACAGAAUACAUUUUUUAAAAAACUCUGAAGCAUCUCAAUGUCCUCAAGAAUAUAAACUCUAUAAUUUAGAACAGAGCUAAAUGUAAGAUGAUAAACAUGAUUAUAGUUAAGAGUAAAGGGGAAGGAACUUGGUGCCAAAAUUUCAUAUUCUUAUUCUCUAAGAAUUCUUUGUGAGAUAGAGAAUUACUAAUCCCUUGACUAAUCAAUCCCAGUUUAGGAACAUGAUAGGAUUCUCAUAGGACAAUUUCUAGUCUUUGGUUCUUCUUGGAAAUCUCUUCUACUGAAGCAAAGCCAAUAUUUAUAUCAAAAUAAAUCAGAAAUAUCUGAAAUGAAGGUCUCACUUUAAAAUGGACAGUAAUACUUAAUUUAUUGAAAUAUUGAAGUGACAUAUGGUGUACUAUGAGGGGGAGGGAUUAUAGGCAAAUUAACAGAUUAACAAUCCCCACAAAUUGAAUGGUUGGUAGUGACUUGCAUGUUCACACAUAAAAUUAUGACCUGAGAAUUUUAAUCCAUCCCCUGUCAAGUUUUAUUGGAUUUCCUGGAAUACAGUUACUCUACUCUGUAGAGGGCAGAGCAACUCCAUCUUGGAUGCUCAUCUUCCAUGUCUACUUCUGAUUAACCCCAGUUCUGGGAAUGCCUCUAAUAUUUCCAGUAUAUCUAUAGUUCCUUGUGUAAGAGCUUGUACUAACUGCAAAUCCUGACCUUCGGCAGAUUCACAUAGCAGUCUUGCAUUUCCAUAAGGGGUCAGCUUCAAUUGUCCUACACCUUUCUUUCCUAUGAUAUAUAAUGCCUGGGCUGGGGGUAAUGGUGCAGAGAUCUGCCGUUUUGUCUCUCCACUGCCUGAGGCACAAGCAUGGCUUCUGUUCAUAAGUCCCCAUUGAAUGAUUCUUUCUGAGCAGCUGGAUAUGUCAGUCAACUUCUUUCCUCAACCUGUCAGAUUUUGAGGGUAGAGUUGCAUAGACUGACUCACUGCAGAACAGACUCCUUUAGGCUCUUCUGCAUCUGUGUUGUGGGGAAAAUAUUACUUUCUUUCUGGUGCAUAUUGAAAAUACCCUUGCAGUUAUGCUGUCGUAACUGCAUGUGAUCACCCUGCCACAAGUUCUGUGAACAUGAUGUGGCAGCAUGACCCAGGACUUUGCUUACUCAGUUCUAAGGAGUACAUUAUUGUUGCUUUCAAUGUCAUCUUUAGAAUUUUCUAAAUUACUUGAUUUUAUCAAUAGCUUAAGAUAAAUUAAAAUCACUUUAAGAAAAUGGAAGCUGCUCUGCCAGUGGAUAGCCUUUUUUUUUUCUUAUCAAAUAAACUUGCUUUCACUUUACUCUAAAAAAAAAAAAACAAAUGAAAAGAAAAUGGAGCAGCAGAAGGUCCUGGAGCACAACUCCCCAUUGCAGGUUGCUAGCAAAAUACUUACCAAUAUCAAGGCUGAUGAGAAAUAGAACUGGCUUACACUAUUGAAAGUCAUGUCCCUUAUAGAUAUUUAUAAGGGAAAUAGAAUAUAUUACAAAGUGGCUUUAUUACUUCAGGCAUUCCAUCUCAGAACAAAUCACUAUUGUCAAGCAAAUGCAUUUUUAUUUUAUUAAAAUUUAAUAUUAUGGUAAAAUACAACU